AGUAAACAUGUGGAAAUUCGUCUGCUGUACUUUGCAAUUUUCACAAAAAAGACAUGUUUCGUUUUUCAAGAAGAGUUCUUGCUCGGCAACAAGCAGGAAAAGCUAGAUUUUCUUCCACAACGGCGGAAACGACCACUUCCAGUUCACCUCCAACUUCACCGAUAUCUCCCGUGGAUAAAGGAACUAGGCUGGAAAAAUGGAAAAAAUUUUGGACGGUUCUUUACUCUGACUAUAGAGAUGUGGCAGUUGACACUGUCACUAGUAUGAAGGCUAAACCUAAAAAAGCGGCAGCUUAUUUAACAGGAAUUGGAUGUGUAUUGUAUGCUACAGAAACUAACCCUGAUGCUAGGACAUAUUAUGAAGCUAUGGUUAAAGCAGCAGAUGAUGCUAUUCUUGUUUCUGAAGCAAAUCUCAAUCCAGUAACCGAUGACCGUCUUUGCUUAAUACGCCAAAGUUACAAUGAAGGAACUGUUCGCUGCCUAAGUUUGGGGUUAUUCUCCCUAAUUUGGUUAGCAAAUUAUCAUCAGGAUUGUGGUAUUUAUCCUUCUCAAUGCAAGUAUCUGAAGCCAAGAAUUAUUGGUUUUCACAAAAGAAUUAUUGAUGUUGGCUUUCUUGGCCAAUGGUGGAAUAUCAAUUGGCACAUGAAAGAUUUUGAUGUAAAUCCUGAUGAGUUUUCUAGAAAGUAGCAAUUCUCAAUGGUUGUAUAGACUAAAACACAAUUUUCCUGUUUC